AUGAAAUGGCCGCAUUUCGUUGUGCCGGGCAAACCGAAUGAGUGUGGAGAAGCUACGUCGAAGCGUUACGGUCGCGCAGCGCGUGAUUGGCCCGUGCCGGCAGCCGGAACUCUCGACUUUUCCUCCAAGCUUCCGUCAUUUCUCCCUAUCUCACACUUCCCGCCUCUGGCCAAAGACCGCAUCGGUCGCCGUGUCCGGUUCCCUCACAUCAUGUCGAGCGAGUCGCCAUUAUCCACUCCCACCCAGAACAUCGUGCUGGACACCGCGAAGCUUCCUGCUUCGUCAUCAGCAUCGAUCUGGGAUCGCGUGUCGAAGUGGGUGUCGGAGAACAAGGCCGUUGUCUAUACCAUUGCCGGUGUCGCCGUGGUCGUGACCGGUGCUGGUGUUGUCUACUACCUGUCUGACUCGAGCAAGACGACAACCACCUCCUCCUCCACACCCAAGAAGAGCAAAAAUCAGCGACGCAAAGAGAAAAAGAAGGCGGAGGAAGAAAAGAAGGCGAAGACCGCCUCUGUGCAGGAUGAGUCUACUGCUAAAAAGACCGAGGAGCCCGUCGAGGAGCUCCCGGAGGUCGAUGAGGCGACAGUUGGCCAGCUGUCUGAGGAGACUCGGAAGGAAUAUGCUGCCAAGUUGAAGGCUGCCGGCAACAAAGCUUACGGCUCCAAGGAUUACAACAAGGCCAUUGAGCUUUACGGCAAGGCCAUCAUCUGCAAGCCCGACCCCGUCUUCUACUCGAACCGUGCCGCUUGUUACAAUGUUUUGUCCGAGUGGGAGAAGGUUGUGGAGGACACCAGUGCUGCAAUUGCGAUGGAUAGCGAAUAUGUGAAGGCUCUCAACCGCAGAGCUACCGCAUAUGAGCACCUGGAGAAGUACAGCGAAGCCCUGCUGGACUUCACAGCCAGCUGCAUUAUCGAUGCCUUCUCCAACGAUAUGAGCCGCAACUCCCUGGAGCGGUUGUUGAAGAAGGUUGCCGAGCAGAAGAGCAAGGCAAUCCUCGAGUCACGUAGUAAGAAGCUGCCCAGCGCUACCUUUGUGUCCAACUAUUUGCAGAGCUUCCGCCCGCAGCCUCUUCCCGAGGGUCUGGAGGAGUCGGUUGAACUAGGUGAAGACUCUGGCAAGGGUCUGCUCCGCAAGGGUCUAAUCGCCAUGGUCAAGAAGACCGGUGAGGGCUAUGAAGAGGCUGCUACUUCCUUCGAAAAGGCUCUUGAGGUUGGUGACCUGGGUGAAUUUGAGGCUUUGGCUCUCAACAUGCGGGCCACCUUCACAUAUCUUGGCGGCAACGCCCAGGGUGCGUUGGUUGACCUGAACAAGAGUGUGGAGUUGCAGCCCACUUUGGUCCAGAGCUAUAUCAAGCGUGCCAGCUUGCACCUUGAGCUCGGCAACAAGGAAUCCGCCGCUGACGACUUCGAACUUGCUAUUACUCACAACAAGGAUGACCCCGACAUCUACUACCACCGUGCCCAGCUUCACUUCAUUCUGAGUGAGUUUGCCGAAGCUGCGAAGGAUUACCAGAAGUCGAUUGACCUGGACCGGUCCUUCAUUUUCUCCCACAUCCAGCUCGGUGUGACCCAGUACAAGAUGGGCUCUGUAGCCUCUGCCAUGGCCACCUUCCGCCGGACCGUCAAGAACUUCGAGGAGGUUCCGGACGUGUAUAACUACUAUGGUGAACUUCUUCUCGACCAGCAAAACUAUGCCGAGGCCAUUGAGAAAUUCGAAAAGGCCGUUGAGAUGGAGAAGCUGAGCAAGCCCAUGGGUAUCAAUGUGCUGCCUCUGAUCAACAAAGCCCUGGCCUUAUUCCAGUGGAAGCACGACUUCCAGGAGGCUGAGAACUUGUGCCAGAAAGCACUGAUUAUCGAUCCUGAGUGUGAUAUUGCCGUCGGCACCAUGGCCCAGCUGUUGCUUCAGCAGGGCAAGGUCUCCCAGGCCCUGAAGUACUUCGAGCGGGCUGCUGAGCUGGCUCGCACCGAGGCGGAGAUCAUUAAUGCCAUCUCCUAUGCCGAGGCCACUCGCACCCAGCUGGAGGUUCAGGAGAAAUAUCCCCAGCUGGCUGCCCGGCUGAAUGCUAUGGGCGCUAUGGGAGCUGGGGCACCUGGCAUGUGA